AUGUGGUAUGAAAUUCUGCCCGGCCUCAGCAUCAUGACGGUGUGUCUAAUCAUUCCUGGCGUUGCCACCGCACAAAUCCAUAAAUUCACCAAUGGUGGCAAGGAGAAAAGAAUCGCCCGGUAUCCGUGGCAGUGGUACCUGAUGGAGCGAGACAAGCGGGUAUCGGGAACGGGACGCUACUUUGAAUCCAAGGGACUCGAGAAUAUCCACUGA